UGCUUAAUACACUUCAAAUGGCUCCCAAAAGUGUGUUUUACCUUUUUCUUCUUGUCCUUGUCGUUGAGUUUCAGACGUCCUUUGGGCAAGGCGGCGUGAAUGGAGCAUAUUGGUUGGCAGACGCCGGAGUUCCAGCCUCCGACAUAAACUCCACUUUGUUCACUCACCUUUUCUGCGCAUUUGCAAACCUUGAUCCUCAAACCAACAAGGUCACCCUUCCCUCUGCAUCAUUUUCCCAGUUCACACCCACCGUCCGCCGCAAAAACCCUUCCGUCAAGACCCUCCUAUCCAUUGGCGGCGGAAAAGUCCACCCCGCCACUUUUCCGGCCAUGGCCAUCCAACCCAGUUCCCGGAAAUCGUUCAUAGAUUCCUCCAUUUCCGUAGCUAGAGCUAACGGGUUUUCUGGGCUGGACCUGAACUGGGAAUAUCCAAGAACCACGAAUCAAAUGGCUGAUCUGGAGUCUCUCCUGAAAGAAUGGCGUGCCGCAGUGGCUGCCGAAGCCGCCAGCUCCGGCCGGUCACCGCUGCUCUUAACGGCGGUGAUUUACUACUUAUCCAGAAUUAACGAAUUGAGUUAUCCCGUCCAGGCUAUCCAAAAAAACCUGGAUUGGGUAAACGUGAUGGCGUACGAUUUCUACGACCCAAGCUAUUCAAAUGUAACCCGACCCCAUUCUGCCCUCUACGAUCCCGCCGGCCUGUUUAGUUUUGGCAAUAGGAUUGAGCUAUUGUUAGUGGCGGGGCUUUUGGCGAAGCUUUUGUAAACUGCACAGGAUCUCAAUUUGGCUCUUUCUAAAGAAGCUAAACAAACAUGGGGAGCAUGAAACACAAAUCUCCCGUCUUCUACUAUUAUUAUGCAAUAUAAUAAAUCCAAGUUUAUAUGCUUGUACAUAAUUUGGAUGAUUAAUAAAUAAACGGUUAUAAUUGUUGGUUGUGCC